CCCGUCUUUGUAUUUUUACACUUUUUUCGUUUUCUCUCUCUUAUCAUACAACUGUUACUAUUUUUUCUUGAUAUUCUCACUUUCUCUCUCUCUCUCUUUCUCUCUCUUAUGGGGUAGCGCACUGGUUGUGCUCCUUCAGCUGAACUUCUUCGUUGCGGCACUGAGUGAGGUGGUUCACUCUAUCUGCCUCUUUCUCUUCUCUGUUCCUAGAAAAAAACCAUCAUCUUUUUAGAUCUAUACCAACGGCGAAGGAAAUAAUCUCUUGCCAAAAGCAAAACCCUAAACACUUCCUCUGAGUAUUUACCAGAACCAUAGUUUUUAAAAGCUGAGAGUGUCGAAGGCACAACUGUCAUGUGGGAAGGUCCCAAUGUGUGCUAGAAAUUAAAAAGAUCAUUGACACCAUUGCCGAAGAAGGGGUCUCUGACCUCACUCGCAUCCCUCUUCCCAGUAGAGGAGGUGCAGAAGGUGACCAAGUGCAUUGAAGACACCAUUGCCGACAAGCAGAGCAAACUCGACCACGUACAAGGUUUUGCCACCGACAAAACAGCCUCAUCAACCUCGACCAAAAGAUCCUUGAACAGCUCUCCCAUGACAUCAUGGUUCCGUUUGGGAAAGCAGCGUUCUUCCCAAGUUGUUUGAUUCACACCAAUGAGUUCCUGGUUCUUUUAGGAGAAGGAUAUUAUGAUGAGAGAACUUCGAAGCAAACCGUUGAGAUUUUACAGCGAAGAGGGAAGUCCUUGGAUUCGCGGGUUGAUUCUCUUGAGGUCAAUAUCAAGGACCUUGAAGCAGAGGCUUCAUUUCUCAAUGCCACGGCUUCAUUUUUGGUUGCUAGGUUCUUUUGGGAGAAGGGGAAGGGAACAGAGUGAAAUAGUAGAGAGAUGGCAGGUGUACUCCUUCACCAGAUGUGCCAAGUUUUACAGUAAUUUAUGGAUGAGUAGACAACUAGGUGAGUGCACACUUUUAUUUAUUCUUUUGUGGUAGGAUUUGAGGACAAGACUCAAUAUAACUACUCACUGAAUCACUGGCUGAUUGAAAAAGAAAGAUAAGAAAUCUUAGCUUUCACUGA